AUGCUAAUCGAGGGCGCGCCACCAGCGGCCGAGGAGGGCUCGCUGCUCUUGCCACUGGCCAGGGAGGGCGCGGCGCUGUCGCCCCUGGCCGAGGAGGGCGCGGCACUGCCGCCGGUGGCCGAGGAGGGCGCGGCGCUCGGGCCGCUGGCCGAGGUGCGUUCGGAGCUGCCCUCGCUGGCCGACGAGGGCGCGGCGCUGUCGCCAGCGGCUAAGGAGGGCGCGGCGCUGCUGGCGACCGAGGAGGGCGCGGCGACGCUGCUCGAGGGCGCGCCGUCGACGGCCGAGGGGGGUGCGACGGCAAGUGCGAGCGCACGUCGGAGAACCCAGGCCCUGGCGCGCAGCCUGUCGCGGCUCUCGUUCAUCCGCGACGAGGAGGCGCCCGUGCCCAAAGGGGUGCGGCCCCGGCGAUCGGGCCGGCGCUCGUCCGCUGGCGGCUUUGGAAACCCAGGAGGCGGACGGCCCGAGGGCGCGGCUCGCGUUCCUCGCCCGCCACCCGUUCUUCCGCGGCACCAGCGCCUCGCUGCUGAAUGA